AUGCCGCCGCGGCUCAGCAAGAGGCAACAACGAGAGCAAGACGAGAUUGCAGCGCUAGCCACGACUUCGUUGGAGCACCAAGCGUUAGCAAGCAAGGCGCUCGAGGACGCCGACUCGUCCAAGGUCACCCAGAAGUCGACAGCCGCAUUCUCACUGAUGAAAUUGGCUCGGAAUCCGACGAUGACCAUGAAGCACCAGCAGCGACCAAGAAAAAGGCGCAAUAAAAAGAAGAAGAAGAAAGCCGCAACCCACGUGGACAACUCUGCGCCUCCGACACCCAAACCAGCAACGACGACCGCGAGUAAGGCUUCAAAGGCUAAAAAGGGCAAAGGAAAGCAGGAAGAUGAUCUUGACCGUGCCCUAGCGGAGCUGUCCCUCAAAUACUCAGAUAUUACCAUUCCCGACCCAUCAUCUGCGAAAACUGCUACGCCGGCCGUAUUGACCGCUCUCCACAAGCUGCGAGCACUGCUCGCCGUGCAGACAAAGUUCCUGGAUGCCGACGCUGAGAUGCGCCGGUUUUUUGGUAGUAAAGUCAUCUCCGCGGCAGAUUCAUCCUCUUCUGGCUCAGGUCAACCUCGUGGUCCUGUAGCGCGUUCGGUGAUUUGCAAACCUCAAUCAUCAUGGCCUCCCGCUGCAAUGAGGGAUGGGCUGAGCAUGCGCCCGCUGACCAAUGAGGAGACUCAUUCUGUUCAAACGGAUAACUGGAUGCAAAUGCCGGGGGAUAAAUGGUUCACCGUUGAGCACUCGCCAGGAUAUCGUUGGGAUCAAGCACAAUUCAUCCAGAUUGUAGGCAUGCUCGACCCAAACAACCUGUUCAACCUGAUGAGGGAGUCAUUUUGGCACGUGGACACCCUACUCCAGAUUGGAGAGGUGUACCGAGCCCAAGACGAUUAUUCUGUGUCGUCUGACUUUACCUCGCGGGCGCUCUUCGCAUACGAGCGCAGCUUCAGCGGCGCGUUCAGCUUGACCAGUGGUGCAAGUCGACUGGAUUUUCGACACGUCGAGAACAGAUCCCUAUUCCUGGCUCUGCAUAGGACUAUUUUAUCACUCGAGAGAAGAGGAACGAUGCGAACAGGAUUCGAAUUUGCACGCAUGCUCUGGAUGUUGGAUCCGUGGACGGACCCCCACGGCGCGCUCAUGCACCUCGACUUUCUCUCUGUGAAAGCCGAGCAGUAUGACUGGUUCAUGGAGACGGAGGAGGCCUGGGAGGAAGCGAGGAACGAAAAGACCUUUCUUCGACCAUUGGAGCAGUAUCCUGGUUGGCUUUGGUCCAAAGCACUUAUAUUGAAAGGGAUGGGAGCGAAGAGAGGUGGAGGAGAGAAAAAAGCGACAGAGGCUCUUAAGCGAGCCAUUCUUGCAUUCCCCGAAGUCCUAGCCACACUUGUGUCCACCGUCAGUGUGGUUAUUCCUCCUGGCACGACGAUGGCAACGGUAUUAACCCGGUGGAACAGCUCAAAUGGAAUGAAUUCAGCCUAUUCAUUACUCUCUCAAGUCUAUGCCCACCGCUCCGUCUCAUUGUGGAAAAUCCCAGAAACGCUUGCCUGGCUCAACUCGACCAUCCAGGACAUACACAAAGAAAUUCGACCACAGACAUUCUCAUCUGAAAAAGGGCCCCGUGUAGAAGCCUUUAUAGACUCGGUCCUACGACACGCCAUCGUAUCAGACAUGAAGCCCCUCGCGCCCUUUGUCGGCUCCCUUAUCGCUUCUCUGGGACCACAAGAACCAUAUGACAUUGUCCCACCCAAAGGACCUGGUGUGACGCUGUACAAUGAUGCGUAUUUCGCCAGCGCUAGUGCAGAGACUGCAAGGAAACGGCGGGAAGGUCUCGCUGCGCGAGCAGGUGGUGGGGGCGGGAGGAGAAGGGGACAAGGCGACAGAAUUGAAGUCGAUCCCAUCGAAUUUCUUCAGAUGCUAGAGGCUGUACUCACAUUCGAGGCCGGAGAGCGGCGCGAGGAGAUUCUGGGUGCGUUGCAGCAAGGCCCAGGACAAAAUGUUGUCAGACAGCUUGAGCGAUGGGUGCGCGAUCAUGUAGAAUUUGCGGAACAAUAUCCGAAUGCUCGAGCGUACUUGCUUCAACCAGCAGCGCAACGUCCACGAGCGCAAGUCAAUCCCCUCUUACCCGUCGCGGGUGGCGUGGCUGGUGUGGGUGGUGCAAUGGGAGGAGCCGCAGUAAUGCCUGGUGGGUUUGUAGACGACGAAAUGCACGAGGAGGACGAUGAACAGGAUGAAGAAAGUGACGAGGACGGCGACGCUGCACCAAUUCUUCCCAUUCGCAUUGCCCGAGGACUGGUCAACAUGUUCUGGGGUGGCCAAGGGCCUCCGGAGGAUGCUCAAGAUUCAGAGAAUAGCGACGUCGAUUAG